AUGUGGAACUUCGAGGGACCGAAUUUAAGGUCUUUGAAAAUGGAUGGAUCACGUAUGAAACAGAGCACUAACCCGAGUGCGAACACGAUCAGCGCAGAUGGAAUCGAAGACAGAAGACGCAGUCUCCUCCGGCGAGACUGGCUUUCGUUGCUGGAAGUCUCGGCGAGAUCUCCAUCUUCAGCUUCUCUGUCGUUGCCAGAGCCGGUGGACAAAAUGAUGAAGAGCAGAGCAGCUAGAGCCAAGAUAAGGCCGUCGAGGCCAAGCCAAAUACGAGGAGAAGAAGAGGGUUUGAGAGUGGCAGUAUCGUAAUUAAACCUGACGUAUUUGAUGGCGGUGAAGGCGAACUGAAGACCUUGAGAAAGCUGGACGCCGCGUACAACUGGGAGAGGGAUGAUGUUGUAGAGGAAAGACAUAGCUCCGGUGGCGCCAAGGAGGAGGAGCGUGGCGGCAGUGGAUGCACCAGCGGCGGCAAUCUGAGAAGGAGUUAGAUGCGGGGAUUCGGAGACAGCGACAGCGGCGAUGGAUUUCAUGGGCUGGACGGGCAUAGGGAUGUCAAAGAGGAGACCGGUGGCGAUGUUGUAGAAACCAGUGAAGAUGAGAGUGGUGGAGAGAUCAAGAUUGGAGACUAGAGUUAGUGUAAGGACGAUGGGGAUGAAGGUGCCGAGAUCACCGACAGCGCCGGAGAGUUCAGAAGAAAGAGGGUUUUUGAGGCGGAGACGGCGACGGAGCCACCCGCAUCUGCUGCGAUCACCGGGGAGCAGAGGAGUUGUAGUUGUCUCCAUGAUUGGAUCUAAAGUCAAAGCUCUCUUUCUCUCUGUUGGUUGACAAUUCUAUUUGAUAAGAAAGAUAAAAAGGAUUGGGAAUCCCCGGGGAAGUUGGAUAAAAGACGGCUUUUCAGACACUGGACGAGUCCAAUGUCCUAACGACGUGCAAAUAUCAACCAUCUUGUAUCUAAAAUAAAUAAUUUAUUGAAUUUCCCGGGACCAUGUGAAAAUAUUGUUACAACAGUACAACUACCUGCUGUUUUUUUUUUUC